CGCCCCUCUGGGACGGACCCCGGGCCCGGGACGAGGACGGGCCCGGCGCUGUCCCCACCCCUCACCCCCGGAUGCCCAGCGAUGGGAGAAUGGACCAUCCUGGAGAGGCUGCUGGAGGCGGCGGUGCAGCAGCACUCCACCAUGAUCGGGAGGAUCCUGCUGACGGUGGUGGUCAUCUUCCGCAUCCUGAUCGUGGCCAUCGUGGGCGAGACGGUGUACGAUGACGAGCAGACCAUGUUCGUGUGCAACACGCUGCAGCCGGGCUGCAACCAGGCCUGCUACGACCGCGCCUUCCCCAUCUCGCACAUCCGCUACUGGGUCUUCCAGAUCAUCCUGGUGUGCACGCCCAGCCUCUGCUUCAUCACCUACUCGGUGCACCAGGCCGCCAAGCAGCGGGAGCGCCGCUGCUCCGCCGUCCUGCUGGCCCUGGAGCGGGAGCCCCCCGAGCCCGCCGGCCCCGCCGCCCCCGCCGCCGCCGACGGCAAGAAGCGGCCCGUGGUCAACGGCAUCCUGCAGCCCGGGGCCCCCGACCCGCCGCCCGGGCCCGAGGCCAAGGAGCCGUCGGCCGUCGCCGCCCCCGGCCCGGCGGGUCCCCCGGGCCCCCGAGGCCUGCGCCCGCCCGGCCGGGCCAAGCUGCGUCGCCAGGAGGGCAUCUCCCGCUUCUACGUCAUCCAGGUGUUUUUCCGCAACGCCCUGGAGCUGGGCUUCCUCCUGGGCCAGUACCUGAUGUACGGCUUCCGCGUGCCGCGCCUCUUCGAGUGCGACCGCUACCCCUGCAUCAAGGAGGUGGAGUGCUACGUGUCCCGCCCCACCGAGAAGAGCGUCUUCCUGGUGUUCAUGUUCGCCGUCAGCGGCGUCUGCGUCCUGCUCAACCUGGCCGAGCUCAACCACCUGGGCUGGCGGAAGAUCCGGCUGGCCGUGCGGGGCGCCAGGGCCAAGCGCAAGUCCGUCUCCGACCUCCGCGCCCGGGACCUGCCCCGCCUCGGCCUGCCCGCCUUCGGCCGGACUCAGUCCAGCGACUCGGCUUACGUGUGACGGGGGAGGGGGACGGGGCCGCGGACC